AUGUCGUGGUUCCGCUCCGCGCUCAGCAUAGGCGCGGAGGCCGCCAAUGCGAGCGGCAAGGCGGUGGGGUCGGGGUUCGAGCGCGCGAGCUCGUUCGCGUCGUCGGUGGUGCAGCGCGCCAAUGACGCCGUGCUGCUGGCGGGCGACGCCGUCGAGCACGGCGCCAAGCUCGUCUACGAGCACGCCGAGCACGCCGUGGGCGGCGCGUCGGCGCGGCAGCACAACAGCUUCCGCCACGCCGUGCGGCGCAUCGAGGAGGUGGCGAUGCUCGCGCGCGGGGCGGAGCGCAAAGAGGCGUUGGCGCGCUGGCUGGGCGCGCUGGCGGAAAUCAGCGCGGAGAGGGAGCAGGCGGAGCGCGGAGAGAAGGAGCUGGCGGCGCUGCAGCAGCUGGGGAUGGGGCUCGCGCUUGGGGGGAGCGCGGCGGCGGGUGGGGGGAGCGAUGGCGGUGGGGGCAACGGGAAGAAUGACUCAGCGGAGGGCGAGAGGGGGGCAGCGGGGCAGCGGGCGGUGGGGGCAGACGGGGGCGGAGGGCAGGCGGGGGAGGGCGCGGAAGAGGGAGGUGGUGGUGAGGGCGCGGGUAAGAGCGCGGGCGAGAGCGAGGGCAUGAGUGGCAGCGGCGGGAGGGAGGGCUUGGCGCCGCCCUCAGCAUCUCCGCGGCGCCUCCCUGCUCCGCCCAGUGCACCCCCGCACAGCAAGGUGUCUCGGGUGCUAUUCCACGACCCCAACGCGCCCCACCAGCCACUCACCUUCCGCGACGUCUUUCUGCACAGCCAGGCGCUGGAGAACAUGGUGGCGUCGCUGGUGAUGGACCCCGGCGAUGACGAGGAGUUCUGGCUGCUCAGAAACCUCUUCAGGCUGUGUCUAUCACUGGGCCACGAGGAUCAGGACGCGCUGCUCGCCACGCUGCACUCCCUCGCCAACUCCGCCGAGUCCUAUGCUGAGGUCAAGCUAUCAGGCGACGAGUUGGAGCGGUUUGUGGCGGAGGCGAUGACGGGGCUCAAGGUGUGCCCCGAGGCCGAGCGCCUCGACCAAGAGGCACGGCGCCUCGAGCACGCCGUGGCGCAGGGUCUGGCUGCCGUGCACGCGUCCUCCGCGCUGCAGGCCGGGGAGGAUGGUGGCGACCAGGGCAAGGAGGGUGGCGCGCAGGGGAAAGGCACGGGUGGGGAGGUGGGGGGCGAAGGGGCGGAGCAGGCAGAGGGCGAGGGAGGGGCGGGGGGGGCGGAGAGGGCAGAGGGCGAGGCGGCGUUGGGGCGAGUGGAGGAGGCGGAGAGGGCGGUGGACGAGGUGCUGGCGGUGCAGCAGCAGGAGGUGCAGGCCGCUCGCAGCCGCGAGGUGCUGCAUGCCGCGCUGCGCCUGGUGGCGCUGGAGAGGCGCCGAGAGGCGCUGCUGCAGCAGGGGGACACUCCGGGCGACCGCGCUCUCAAGGUGGAGCGCGUGACAUCGCUGGCAGCGGAGCUGGGCGAGGGGGUGGAGGCGCUGAGGAAGCAGAUGGCGGAGUGCACCCAGCAGAAGGCGGACGCCCUCGCCUACCGCACCGCCAAGGCACAGGAGGCUGCUGACUCCCACUCCGUGGUGGACCGUGAGAUGGCUGCUCUGCAGGCCAGGAAGGCAGAGCUGGAGGAGGAGCUGAGCAAGGUGCAGAGUGCAAUAGACAGUUUGAGCAGGAAGCAGGGGAAGGUGCGCGAGGAGAAGGAGCAGUUCAGCAUGGCCAGCACCAGCAUCGUCAGCCACCUUGCAGCGCAGGAAGCGCGGCUGAAGGCAUCGAUGGAGGAGCAUGAGGGCGAUGGGAGGGCGCUGGAGGAGUGGAGGAAGUUCCUGCAGCGCACGUGGCAGCUGCAGUCCGCUGCUCUCGAGGCCGAGGAGAAGCGCCUCAAGGAGGAGGCAGCAGCUCGCAGGGACCGGCUCUUUGCCGCUGCCACAUCGCAUCUGCACCUCUGCCAGGCGCAGCUGGAGUCGUUCUGGGCCAGGGCCAAGGCAGUGGUGGGCACUCUCGAGGCCAUUCACAACAAGAGGGCGAGCAUGGUAUCAGACGGCAUGGACGCCGUGGUGGCGGACAUCUCGCUGCGCCGCCUGCACUGGGAGGAGCGCUUCAUCGCUGCUGACAUCCAGGUGAAGCGGUGCAUGGGGGAGGCGGAGCUGGCGCUCAAGGACGUGCGCGCGUGGAUGGACUCGCUCGCCUCGCCCUCCCCGGAGGACACAUCGCGGCUGAAUGCGCUGAGGGUGCGCGGGGUGGAGCUGGACGCGCUGCUCGCCGACAUCCGUGCCGCCCCGCGCCCCGCCCUCUCCAUCUCCCACCCCUCCGUGCUCCGCGUGCCACGCAUCUCCCCUGCCUCGCCGCCCACUGCCACGGCACCGGCAGCGCCCACAGCAGUACCUGCCCCGGGCGCCUCCUCCACCCUCAACGCACCUGCUGCUGCGCCUGCCGCCGGGACGGCAGGACCGCGCCGGCCGUUCAAACCGUCACUGCAGAUCGGAGGAGAUGCAGCGGGCGGCAUGGGCGGCAUGGGCGGCGGAGCGCCGGAGUCGCCCGAGGACGGCGCGCCGAUGACGCCGUUUGUGAUCUCCGGCGGCAUGCCCCGGCCGCAGGGAGGCGGGUUCCGCGACGAGCAGGGCCGGCUGAGACGCCCCGCGAGGAAACCCAGUGUGGCGUCGAUCGCUGAGGGCGUGGAGGGGCCGGGCGACAAGGGCGGUGGGGAGGGCGGGCGACGGAGCAGUGAGGUUGAGCGUGAGGAGGGAGUGGUGGGUGAUGGGGUCUCAGGGACAAGCGGGUGA